AUGUCAGGCAGCAUUCUCUCUUCACUUUUGCUCGUACUGGGAGUCGGUGCCGUCUCAAGUUAUUUGGUUCUGCGCAAACUACGUCUUGGUCGACUACCUUUACCUCCAGGCCCUCCUUCAUACCCUAUAAUCGGACAGCUACUAUCUAUUCCCAGAUCCUCAGAAGGUCGCGCAUUCAUCGACAUGAGUGCAAAGCUAAAUUCCGACAUCAUUUCGUUUAAUGUCUUUGGCACAACCAUCAUCGUUCUCAAUUCGAACGAAGUCGCAAAUGACCUCCUUGAGAAACGAUCAAAUAUACACUCUGGCAGAUAUUGUCCCCCCAUGAUAGCGUCACCCAAGCUCAUUAAUUUGAAGGAUUUUGUGGCGUUUAUGGAUACGAAUGAGCUUUGGAAGAAGCAGCGCCGGGCUAUGGGCGCACGCCUAAAUAAACAUGCUGUAACCACAUUUCGAUCCUUGCAAGAACUCGAAGCAAGACGGCUACUUUCACGUCUCUUGGCGGCACACGCGGAACCCAUGUCCUCGGACUUUCUCAACGAAGAGUUUUACAGGACGACUUCUGCCGUAUUUCUGGAGUCGGUCUACGGCUAUGAGCUCAAGUCAGCUCAAGAUCCAUUUUUCACUAAUAUCUCGAAAAUGAAUGCGAUCCUAUCGCACGCAUCACUCCCUACAGCCUUUCUGGUGAAUGCGUUUCCAUGGAUGGAGAACAUUCCUGACUGGGUACCGGGAACUGGAUGGAAGCAAAAGGCUUACGAGUGGCGGGAUCAGAAGGACCGGGCUAUGGGUGAUCCGUACAAUUGGGCCAAACAACGCAUAGUCAGUGGUGCCGACGACUGCUCGAUUGUCUCUCUAACCUACAAGGAGCUUCGGGAGACGGGGUGGAGCGAGGCGGACGCUGAUGAAUUUUGCAAGAGUGUAGCCACUGGUCUCUUAGGAGCGGGCACAGAAACGUCGACACUAGCGAUGAUGUGGUUCGUAGUGGCAAUGGCGAAGCAUCCAGAAAUCCAAGAGCGGGCUCAAAGGGAGAUCGAUGCGGUGGUGGGAGCUGAUCGCCUACCGACCGUCGCAGACCGACCGUGCUUGCCGUUUGUUGAGCGGUUGAUGACCGAAGUUGUGAGAUGGCACCCUAGUGCGCCAUUCGGCGCGCCUCAUAUUUGUACAGAGGAGAAUGAAUACCGAGGAUAUCGGAUUCCAAAGGGUGCAAUAAUGGUCGGACAUGUGACGGCCACUGUCAGAGACGAACGUGUGUAUCAGGAUGCAGAAAAAUUCGAUCCAGAUCGGUACCUUGAUCCAACGGUACCUCCCCCACAAGCCUUUGGGUGGGGUCUGAGGAUCUGUCCUGGUCAACACUUUUUCCGAGAGAUCUUCUUCCUUGAAAUUGCUUUAAUGCUCGCGACUUUGAAAAUCGAGAGGUAUAAAGACGAAAACGGGAACGAAUUGGUGCCGUCGGAGGAAACAACGGAAAACAGCUCAAUUGCCUGUCCGGUGCCAUUCAAGGUUAGGAUCAGUCCCAGGUCGGAGCAGCAUGCCGAGUUGAUAGGUACUGCUAUGUAA